AUGUCGCCGGACCCUGAUAAGCCCAAAAAGACACCGCGGAAGCAUGUCACUACCGCCUGUGUCCCUUGCCGGGAAAGCAAAAUCAGGUGUGACGGUUCCAUGCCGCAUUGUCAGAAUUGUGAACGAAAGGGCAAGGAAUGCAAGUACCAACAUGGCGAUGACAAGCGGAAGGUAUCUCUAAGAGCCGCCACAGAGCUGUUUUCAGCGAGAAUUGACCAGCUAUGCCAAUUCAUCCAGGAUCAAGGCUCAGUGCCCCCUCCGAUGGAUCCAGAAGACGAGGCCGGCAUGAACAGAGUCUUGGACACUCUACAAAUUCCACGCGGAGUCGCAAAGAACACAGCCCUUUCUACAAGCGACCAAAAAUCAGCAGACGAGAUAAGCCCGCCAUUUCACUCCAGGCCAUCCCCGACAACUAGCCCACCACAAACAGCUCAGCCCGGGCAGUCCCAAAUCUCUGUCGAAAAAGAGAAUUCCGGCGUAUCGCCUUCACACAGCAUCGUCGCGAACCAACAAAUCGGGGCUUCUCCCUCUGUGGAACCCUGGAACCCCUACGGUAUGGUGCGGGGUGCGCCUGACAACCAAAACUUUGUACAUUGGGGAUUCACCCUACCCAACGCCGAAAGCCUGGAGAACAUAUACGCAAAUAUCAACGGCGGAUCAGGGAUGAUGGCCAACCCAGGUGUCAGCCCGGACACUUUCCAACUCGGCAUGGACAUGGUUCAACAACCAGGCGUUUUACUGGGUCAGGCGCCGACGAAUCUAUCGCACCAGGAUCAUGAUUCCGACAGUGAUGAGGAAAACCCGGCAGAGAGCGAUGUGAUUGAGCAAUUAUCUAAUCGCAUCGGGACUUUGAAAAUCGCCGGUGAUGGUCAUUUGCGCUUUUAUGGCGCCACUUCGAAUCUUAAUCUGGUCGAUGUUUCCGCGACGCAGCAGCGGCAACGGCCCGAUGCGCGAACCGUGCGUCAUGAUGGCCAGGAUAUCCUUAAUCACCUUCGCGUUGGUCAGCCGGUUGAUCAGGCUUUGGAGGAUCACCUGGUUGAGCUGUUUUUUACUUGGCAAAAUCCUAGCAUUUACGUCGUGGAUAAGGGGAUGUAUAUGACGGCGCGAACAAAAUGGCGAGAGGAAUAUGACGAUACCCCAUUUUACUCAGAGGUUCUUACGAAUGCGAUGUGCGCAAUCGGAAGUGCCUUUGAAGCGCGCUACCAUCCCACAUUUAUCACCUUUCCUAAAUCGUUGGCCGACUUUUUUGCAGAUCGAGCGAAGGCUCUACUAGAAAUUGAACUGGACACACCUUGUGUUGCGACGGUUCAGGCACUCGUUCUUUUGAGUUGCCACGAGGGCGCAUCUAACCGUGACGCUCGAGGCUGGCUUUAUAGCGGGAUGUCGAUGCGGCUUGCAUUUGAUCUUGGACUACAUUUAGAUAUGACGACCUAUGUGAAUAAUGGUGAAGUUAGCGCCCUCGAGGCGGACGUUCGACGAACAGCUUUUUGGGGCAGCUAUGUCGCUGAUCACUUUUGGGGCUUCUACCUGGGCCGACCAUUCCGGAUGACUGCAGGAGACAUUACUGUCCCGAAACCUGCUUCUACGAUAGGCGCGGAUAAAGACGCCAUUUGGCACCCAUACGGACUCCCAAAAACACCAGAUCCUCUUGGAGACGGCCUCAGAGACACCACUGAACUGAUUUGCCGGCAAUUCGUCAUACUUUGGGAGAUGAUCUCUCCCGUUGGACACAUCUUGUACGGCUGUUCGGAUAUAUCUCGACACGACUUGCAAAGAAUUACAUUCCAAGUGACAGAAGACCUUUUCGCCUGGAAAACGAAUUUGCCCUCUACUCUCCAGCUCGAUAUUGAUGACGAUGCAACACCGCGACUACCCCAUCUGUUAAUACUCCAUAUGCAAUACCAUCAAAUCAUCAUCUUCUUCCAUCGGCCAUGGGUAUCCAAGAAUUACAUCCAACCACGCAGUCCCCGCCAGGGACCAGGCUACCAUCACGCAAGACGCAUGUGCGUCGAAUCAGCCACCGCCAUCGCUCGACUCCUCCACAUCUACGAAAAGCACUACUCCUUCCGCCGAAUGAACAACCAAGUCGUGGCGAUAAUCUUCAGCGCUGCGCUGAUGCUCCUCUUCGUCACCGUCUCCAGCUCCCCACUCCUGCCCAGCAAACCCGGCGAAAUCAGUCAACCACACCCCCGCAAUGCCGAAAUGGUCGCCUAUCUGAAUCUUUGCUUCCGCGCCCUCGAUGAGCUGGGCCAGUCCUUCGAAAAUGCGAAACGCACCAGGGACUUCCUUGUUACUCUUCAACGACGCUGGCAAGCUCAUAUGCAUCGAUCAGGCCCAGCUUCAAAGAGACAUCUCAGCAGCGCCAAUCUUGCUUCCCUCGACUCACAGAAACAUUCAUCGACUCGUGACUCGAGUCGUCAUGAUGGUCUCGCCUCUGAUUCCUUGCGGAAGAAAUCACGCCUCUCGAAUCAUCUUGAUAUUUCUCAAUCGCAGCAGAUACAAACUUCCAUGACUGCUCCUGCUGGAAACACAUCUUUCGAGAAUCAUCAAAAACAUCCUUCUCAGCAGAACCAGUACUCUAAAAAUCAACAACAAGAACAACCCUUUACCGUCCCGUCCUCCGAUGACCUCGAGUGGAACUAUCACUCCGACCUCAACGCCAUAAACGCAAUGGCAGCACCGCAAUUCACCAACGAUCCCGGCAUGCUUCCUGAUCUCGGUGAUCUUGAGGGAUGGUGGUCGCCGACCGGUAAUUCAUCUGGAUUGGGUGGGGCGAAUUUAUAG